AUGUCCGACGUGCGCGAAAAGAACGAGCCCGGCUUCGGCGAUGGCGGCAGCUUCAAUCCUAAUGGGAGUGUCGACCUAGAACGACGAGGCUCAACUACGGUGCAUGGCCGCAAGAUGAGCAGGAUCGGGCCUCCACCAAAGCCAGGUUCUAUGUCACUGCCGGACACAUCAGGCUCGGAUGACGAGUAUGGGAAACUGGUCGCCAUGGAGGCCGACAACGCCAUCAAGUACAGAACCUGUUCCUGGCAAAAGACUGCUGCGCUACUCUUCUCCGAGUACAUUUGCUUGGCGAUCAUGUCGUUCCCUUAUUCGUACUCGAUUCUCGGCCUAGUGCCUGGUCUCAUUCUCACCGUGGUACAAGCCGCUUUUGUUCUCUACACAUCUCUGGUUGUCUGGGAAUUCUGUUUGCGCCAUCCUGAGGUAUUGGACGUUUGUGAUAUUGGGCAGAUGCUCUUUUGGAACAAGAAAUGGGCCUGGUAUUUUACCGCCGUCAUGUUCCUCUUGAACAACACCUUUAUCCAAGGGCUGCACGUCCUUACAAUCUCCCGCUAUCUCAAUACCAUGAGCGGUCAUAGCGUUUGCACCGUUGGCUUCGCCGCCGUCGGUGCCGUCGUCUCGUGGGUCUGUUCCAUGCCGCGGACCUUCAACGCGCUCUCAAAGUUGGCCGCGGUCUCUGCAUUUUUCACGUUCGUCAGCGUCAUUCUCGCAGCUGCCUUUGCCGGCGCAGAAGGCAAGCAUGGUACGGCAGGCUACAACCCCGACCCGAACCACAUCAACGCAAACGGCGUCAAAUUGGGUGGCGAGCCAAAAGUCCUCGUGGUGCCCGUGGUCGGCACGACCUUCGUCGCAGGGAUGAACGCCUUCUUGAAUAUCAGCUACACUUUCAUCGGUCAAAUCACGCUGCCUAGUUUCAUUGCAGAGAUGAAGAACCCCUAUGAUUUCCGCAAGGCGCUCUGGCUCGUUACCAUCUGUGAAAUCAUAUUGUUCAGCUUGGUUGGCGGGGUCGUCUAUGGCUACACCGGCACCCAAUACAACACGGCACCCGCCUUCGGCAGCCUCGGCAAUGACAUCUACAAGAAAGUCUCCUUCUCGUUCAUGAUCCCAACACUCAUCUUCCUCGGCGUCCUGUACGCCUCGGUCAGCGCCCGGUUCAUCUUCUUCCGCGUCUUCGAGGGCACAAAGCACAAGACCCAGAACACCGUGCUCGGAUGGGCGGCUUGGGCCGGCAUCCUUGCCGUGACCUGGAUCUUUGCCUUCAUCAUCGCCGAAGUCAUUCCCUUCUUCGCGGAUCUGCUGUCCUUGAUGAGCAGUUUAUUCGAUUCCUUCUUUGGUUGGAUCUUCUGGGGCGUGGCGUACCUGCGAAUGCGACGGGCUGACCUUGGCCCGGGAUUCUACAAGAAGAGAGGCCUUCGAGGGUGGAUCGGAUUCCUCAUGAACAUUUUCAUCAUUAUCGUGGGAAUCUAUUUCCUAGGCGUCGGCACUUAUGCUUCCGUCGACAGUAUCAUUCUCGACUACGAAGCAGGUAACGUCAAAGGCGUCUUUACAUGCGCAGACAACUCGCUGUAA